AUGAAAGAAAUACUUACAUCUUAUGGCGAUUUUAAAGCAGAUUACGUUUGUAUAUCUAUCACGAAUAUCAAUAGUUUUCCAAAAAGCCUCGCUCGCGAAGACUCGCCCUAAAUUAAUUAUGCUAAUGUCAACAAACGGCGCGAAAUAAUUAGAUUAAUUAUAGUAGCGUCCGUAACAGCCAGUUUAUAAUAGUUUAUAUCUGUAAACAAUCAUGAGUAUUUCUUCUGUGUUGGUGUUGUGUACUCAGGUGAAUAUGAUAUUUGUGAUGUUACUCUUGAGUGUAUAUCCACACCGGGCGAGCUCGAAAAAUAUGCCCGGCCACGCUGGGAAUCGAACCUACGACCUUUGGAAUACUAGCCCAAUGCUCUGCCAACUGAGCUACGCGGUCAGGACGGUUCGAGUAAGUGAUAUUUCGGAACAGAAUCUAGUUCCUUCGAUACCAAUGCAAUCUAGUAAUAUGAUUUUUUCUGUGUUGGUGUUGUGUACUCAGGUGAAUAUGAUAUUUGUGAUGUUACUCUUGAGUGUAUAUCCACACCGGGCGAGCUCGAAAAAUACGCCCGGCCAUGGCGGGAAUCGAACCUACGACCUUUCGAAUACUAGCCCAAUGCUCUGCCAACUGAGCUACGCGGUCAGGACGUUUCGAGUAAGUGAUAUUUCGGAACAGAACAGAAUCUAGUUCCUUCGCCUGGUGUGGAUAUACACUCAAGAGUAACAUCACAAGUAUCAUAUUCACCUGAGUGCACAACACCAACACAGAAAAAAAAAUCAUAUUACUAGAUUACAUUGGUAUCGAAGGAACUAGAUUCUGUUCCGAAAUAUCACUUACUCGAACCGACCUGACCACGUAGCUCAGUUCGCAGAGCAUUGGGCUAGUAUUCCAAAGGUCGUAGGUUCGAUUCCCACCGUGGCCGGGCAUAUUUUUCGAGCUCGCCCGGUGUGGAUAUACACUCAAGAGUAACAUCACAAAUAAUCAUGAGUAUUCUCUAGUUAUAAUAAUCACUCCGCGUAUUGUCAGUUAUAAAAUGUUGUAUUUCGGCUGAUGAGAAAGAUCGUGACUCAAUCUUUACGACCAUAUGAAAACCAGGUACAAGCGGUCUCAGGCAAAUAGAAAAGCGGAUAUAAAGAAGAAGAAAGCUAUAGCACAGGCACGGCAAAUGUCAUCAUUUAUUUUAUCACUGGCACAAAGAAACGAGUCAGUCGUAACGAGGUGUUCGUAUUAUCAACUUUAGUAAACGUUUUAAUAAUCUAAAUAAAGGUUGAUGUUUUUGUCUUGCCUUGCCUGUAAGACUAGUGCAAUUACAUACAGACAAAGCUGGGACUGGAUGUUCAAAGCUGGAUUAGCGCUAACCCUGUGUUCAAAUUUCACAUGCUGUUUAGGUUAGUGUAUUUAUGCAUGUUUGUUUGUUUCAAAACUUUAGAUUUUGUUUGUUUAUGAACAAGCUGUGGGAAAGAUCGCUUUGACGGUUUUCGUUAACCAGCUUUAUCAACCGGCCCCUGGGGAUGAUCAACAAUGCAAAUGACUUGUGGCAAAAUGUUCUGACCAACAGAAACUAUGUUUUGACCAACAGAAACGCUAUUUUUAUGAAUCUUUCGCCUCUAUGCAUCAACGUUUGACGAAAGAAAGUGAUAUUUUAUUGUGUAUGGUAUUUUAUAGACAGAUGAUGCUAAGAGUGAGACGUGCAGUGUCAAUAGCUCAGUGACGAGUGACGUCUUUGCAGAACAGACUAAAAAAGAUGAUGUUAAAAAUGUCAGUAAAGAUGAAGGAUCUUCCAAAAUUGUUCAAAAUGGUUGUAAUGAAAUACCCGGGGACGCUACAUGUAUAUUGCUCAAUAAUAAUUCGGGUGAGUGUUUUUAGUUUUGGUUCAACUAAGAACUAAGCUGCAUGAAUUGCGAAGGACGCGGAUCAACCUGAUUGAGUCGAAGACUUACUAAGGCCGCCUCUGGCUGCCAGCUCAUGACUCAUGUCUGAUCACAGAGCACAGCUACGGUUGAAGGGUCAGUUAGGAGCUUAUCUCAAGCAACCAGUGGUGCUUAAAUUACUUUGAAUUUGUACUCGAGUAAAAGUAGAAGUAACUAACAAUAAAAGAGUAAAAAGUACUGGAAGCAAAACGUAUUUAAGUAAAAAGUACAAAGUAUCCUUAAAAAAUACUUGAAGUACAAAGUAAAAGUAAAAGUACCAUUGUCGUAGCGUGUAGAGGGGGAGGGGAACUUCUCCAAUGGAUUAACAUACCAAAGACACAAACAACACACGCAUUAUAUGCGUGCACCGAAUAUACAAUAUUUCACGGCAUGGUCUACUUUCCAGACCCUGUUGAAGAUAUAAGAAAUCCAUUAAAUAAAUAAUUCUUAUAAGUAAGUCAUAAACGAGAGGUCCCAGACGCAUGUAGAGGUCGUAUUACCUUUCCCGAAAUUAAAAUAAACCAGAAAUAAAUCGCGUAAAAUUAAACAAAAGUUAGAAAGUAACGAAAUACUUCGCCGCACAAUGAAAAUAACGAAGUAAAACGUUACUUUUUAAAAUUACUUCGUUCCAAGUAAAAGAACUCCAGAAAACUGUUACUUUGUUACAUGCUCACUUCUCAAAAAUAGUACUCAAGUACAGUAACGAAGUACAUUUACUUCGUUACUUGACACCACUGAUCUCAACUUAGGAGUUAUUCCCAACCCACCCUGUCAACAUUCCCUGUGGUGAAAAACCGGAGUGCCAGGCGAAAAGCCGCGACUUACGGUUCAGCGUUGACUCUUCACAUAAGUGUCAUGUGUCUGCAGCGAGAAUCCAACCCAACUAUUUCCAUGUAGAAGCUCGUCGAGCUCUGGAAGUCAAGUCAGAUCCUGUAAAGAAAGAGCAGGCAGAAAAUCACCACACGCCACUGAAGAGAGAAGGCAAAACAAGAUCGUCGUUUGGUAAAGGAUUUCUAAAGUUAAAGAGAACUCGUAGUGUGAGUGAACCAAACUUAUGUAAGUAAAACUCACUACAUAUCAUUUAUUAUUAAACUUUUAGCGUGUUUCGUUUUGUUAGUGUAGGAGACAGGGAUUGACCAAAUCUUCAACAAAAUUUAGAAAACCAAGGAGAUUGGUCCAAAUGCUGGGGAAAAUAAGUCUAUACUUCGGGCAAAUUUAUCACUAUAAAAUGUGUUAAAUUUUAUAUGAUCAUGAAAACGAUAAUAUCGAAACGUUUCAAGUUCUGAGGGAGCUAGGGUCUCAGAGCAUCGCACCGCUGUUGUUAGUAUCACUUAGUCAAGCCCACAUACCACUGGAUUGAAAUGACAUCAUUUGUUGACAUUACCGACCUUGAAAAAAUUAUCGCAUCUAGGAAGGUCGCGUAGUUUCUUUCUCACUGUCAUCCAGUAGUUUUCUGUAAAUUCACUCGUAUACAUGCAUUUCACGAAUGAAAAUACACUGCAUGGAAAUGGUUGAUUUACUAACGACAUGUGCAUUGCCUUGCAGCUCCAGGUGAACAAGCUUCACCUGAAAAAUCUCAAAAUAAGGUAUGGUACCACAUUGUUUUGUUUUUUCUGGUAUAAAGGAAUGAUGUAAUGUUUCUGAUAUAUAUAAUCAUUAGUAAUCACUCAAUAAUGGUUUUUGCUAAAUUUCCCCACCGAAAAUAAACAAUAAAUAAAAUCACAGUCGUCGGGCUGGCUACGCUACUGUUAUUAGAUAACAACCCCUUGCCUCAAAAUCGCUUUAACAACAUUGCACGGGGGAGGAGGGGCACGAACCACUAGCUUGUUACAGGAUGAAGGGGGCCAAUAAACUGCUUGUCUCAAUAAUUUUUGCACGCAAUUGUAGAUACUUACCUACAUCAGCUCAACGCGAUCAUUAAACAAACGUAUUUUUAACCCGAUGGUUAUCAUCUUUUUUGUUCCAAGAGCAAUGAUGGUAUAGUUUUCGUGAUGAUAUAGAUGUUUUCAAAGCACGCAAUAUUUUUAUACUCUUUUGGGCAGUGAGUAAAUUAGCCCUCCAGUCAAUAUGCUUGUAAGGUAAACGUAAACGUUUCAACGUAGAUGUUUUACUUGCUUCUUUUAAAAAUAAUAAAAGUUCUAUUUUUCAGAGUGCUGAUGACCAUCACGAGAAAGGGAAAAAGAAAAAUAUAGUGGGCAAAGUUUUUGGGAAGUAAGUGUUUUUCUCUCUCGAUAAGUGCCGUUUGGUUUGUAUAAAUGCUGUUUAACAGUUUUGGCGUUAUUAUUUAAUUUUAAACAAGCUUUAAAGGCGAGGUCCCGAUUGCUAAGGUCAUUAAUAUGAUAGAUUUAUUGACCCUUUUAUUAUGGUCGUAGCAACAUUAAUCUGUGGAUCAUGGAUAUUUGGAAGAGUGGGUACAGAACCAUUGCUCUCAAAGUAUUCUCACAACUGUUACAUAAUGAUAUUGUCAUAUUGUCCUUGUGAAUAUGUUGUUAUCUUCGUAAUAUCGGUUCAAACAAGUUUCCAAUAUUCUCACAAACCUGUUUUUGUAGAUUGCGUCGUUCAAAUUCGCAAGGAUUAGAAUCUGACAUGAAAGGUGAUAACACAGGAAAAAGAAAGUAAGUUAUAGAAAUGACUUCAGUAUAUUUGAUUUGUAUUUAUUAUAUUAUUUUUGCGCGUUGGAAGACAGUGUCGGGCACUGGGAAGAGGGAGCGUCUUUGAAGAAUAGCUGAACAAAUGUGUAACAAAGCUGUAACAAAAUUUGUUCCACAAUAAAAGCAUUGGUACAGUAGGGUAGAAAUGAAGUGUUUUUGGUGUGGUUUUUUUUGGGGUUUUUGGUCAACUGUGUGUGCCAGUGUAUGUAGGUAGUGCCAAUAAUAUAAACAAGCUUUCGUUAGUAGCGACCUGAACAAAAUAAGGAUAAUUUUGAUGCUUUGAGCGAAGGCUUUUCGUCUGGAGUUACUAUAGCGAGUAACUGCAGACGAAGGGCCUUCGCUCGAAACGUCGAAAUUCUCCUUUUUCACGUAGUUUCAUCCCUACCAACGAAAGCUUGUUUCUAUAAAUGAAGUUAUAUAUUGCAUGAAUUUAAGGCAACAAACAUAAUGUGGACAACCUAAUUCUCCUCCCCCUCCCCCCAAUAUUUGGCGAUGUGCCCGCACACUAAAAAUAAACUUAACAUUGUGUCUAGGCUUCAUUCAGAUGUUCCCUUCUCCUCGUGGAGUACAGAUAUGGUUGUGAGCUGGUUAGAAGAUGAAGGUUUAGGACAAUAUACUGAUGUUUGUUCAAACCAUGUAACGUCUGGUGAUGAUCUGGUGAAAAUUACGUCAGCAGAUCUUGAGAAAGUCCUGGGAAUGAAAAAAAUGUUGCAUCGAAAGAAACUUCAUCUAGCACUGCAGGUAUGAAGCGCCAGCCUUCUCUCAAACAAGACAAACUGCGGAAAAGUCUGGCCUCAAUAAUAAUUCUUUGCCCUAUAUACUACAGUAACAGAGACUCUGUAACAGAGACUUUACUACUGUAUCUACAACGCAGCCAACUAGGCGACGCGUGUAAAUGUUUAAAUUGCAUGAGCUUGUUCUAAUUGGUUACCUUUCAAAUAGUUAAGUUUGGCUGAAACGAUGCAGUUGGUUACGAUAAGGUCAACUUCAAGAAUCAUUUACGUCGCAAAAUGACGAAAAGCUCUGAGUGUCUCCACACCAAGCAAUCUGAAAAGUUGCUUGACCGUGGAGGGGAUUGAACCCGCGACCUUUAGCGGGCCAGUACUUGCACGCCUGAGUUCAACACUACAACAAAAAAGAUAACAAUUUAACUUUGUGUUAAGAGUGCAAACGAUGUUGAGGAUAGUUUGGGGACGACAAAUUAUCUGAAGAAUGCAUGAAGUGUUUCCGUGCUUUAAAGGCGCGUCGCCAAGCUGUGGCAUUGUAGAUCUUACACUCUUGCAACAGUUUCUCUAUUAAGACUAGUCGAGGGAUCAAUUACUUUAUGAAGUUAAUCUGUUUGUAUGAUACAAUAUCUAGGCGUUGAUUGAAGUGAAUUUGUACAUUUUAGGCAGUCACUGAGGAACAAGAAGAUGUGAUGGAACAAUUGGAUAACAACUGGGUCUUGGGUUUGUAUUUCUUGUUUUCUAUAUAUCGCAUCACUACUAGCCCACUCGGGGAACGUUAUAUAUGGCGAUCUUUCUCACUGCACCAUUUUCGGUUUUUUUGUCUCUGGGACUGAACCGCGGUAACAAGUAUAGUAUGAUUUGCGUCAGUAUGAUGGCGUGCAACGUCGGAUUGUCUAUAAGCGUUGCUGGUAUGAUAUUCUUCUCUAUCAAAAGUUUCAACAUGCACGUCGCCCUAAAAUUGGUAUAACUGAUUUUCGCUGCAUUUUGCCUCAUAGCGCUCGUUAAACAAGCAAAAAUCUUAUGUUUUGUCAUAUAUAUAUAUAUAUAUAUAUAUAUAUAUAUAUAUAUAUAUAUAUAUAUAUAUAUAUAUAUAUAUAUAUAUAUAUAUAUAUAUAUAUGCCACAAAUUGAUACAAAUACAGUUGUUAAUUUCCCUUGGCAACCUGACGUCCGUGUUGACAAAAAUGUCGCUGCUUAAGUUCCCUAUUAUCAGAGCUUAGUCGAAUCGGUUAUGAGAGGACAGUAUAAUGUUACGUUUCCGAUAAUUAAUUUUAACCAGUAGGCAGUACUGUUUGCAUUAUUCUAGUAAUUAAACUUCUCAAAUUCAUUAAUAAUUCAUGAGUAAUUCAGCCAAUGAUAAUCACCUAUUUGAUCACAAGUAUCCAAAUGGAUACUUGAUGAAAGUCACUAGUGUUUUCAUCAAAUAUCUUAAUUACGCAUGCAAAAUUACUUGAAUAGAAUUCCUAAUUACGUGAUGCUUGGUUAAGAAUUCUAUUCAAAUCAGCAAACGAAAACAUUCUGUUACGUCUCGAUUCAUUUGAGAAGCCAUAUAAACAACUCGAGCUAGCUCGUGUCUCACCGGGAUAUCCAAACACUCGAAAACAAUGUAUGAAAACACUCGCGCUUAGCGCUCGUGUUCUCAUACAUUGUUUUCUUGUGUUUGGAUAUCCCGGUGAAACACUCGCUCUCGUUGUUCAUCUCCUUCUGCUUGCUUUGUGUUCUUUGCUUAACAAUCAUUAUAAAACGUUUAUUAAAUAUAAUGACAUUCCCAUGCUGACCCUACGUUAUCUGUUUAUAGACUGGCUUGAGGAUAUUGGUCUUCUCCAGUAUAAAGAUUCAUUUCGUGAUAAUCUUGUUGAUGGUAGAAUGUUGAAUUAUUUAACAGUGGUAUGUCGAGCUUUAAAGGAUUCGUGUCAGCACAGUAUAGGAAAAGUACAGUAG